GAUUUGUCAACAAAUAUGUCUGCCAAAUUUGAAAUAUUUCCUCAUUGUUUUCAAGAAAUUUCUUAAGUUUGUGAUAAUAAGCAAUGUCAAAGAAGGUAUCACACAAGAACAUGUAUAUUUAUUCUUCGAAUUCACAUUAUCUACUGCAAAACUUACAGCAUGUGCAUGAUUAUACUGUCGGUAACGCUUCCAGUGCAUUAGAUAGCAAGUUGCAACAGGAAUGGACAUGUUUCUAAAAGUUGGCCGCGGUAUCCCAAGAUGUCGGACAUUGUUAUUAACCUUCACUACUAAUUGCAUGCUGCUUAAAUUUAUCUAAAAAUUAUCUGCAGGUCUGGUUUUCCCUGCCGGCAGAGUAUUCUCCAGACGGCAGCGGAACAGGAAGUGAGACUGGUCCUGCAUUUUCUUGGCACGAGUUCUCAAGCCUCCGGGAAUCUUCCAAGGUAACUGAAGGGUCAGAUCUAUCCCAGUACAACAGUCCACCACGGUCAUCACUGUCAGGGCAGGAAUUGUCGCAGUAUUCUCUCAGACCAAGUAUGGAGGCCAAUCCAAAUAGUGAGACUGUGUCUACAAAUGAGAGCCAGGAUAUAUCUACAUCCCAGCAAGAGUCUACAAUGUCAGAUGGUCAGUACGGUUAUGAUGAUGCUAAUUCAACAUCAUCAAUACAUGAUAGUCCACAUGAAGAAGCUGUCAGCUCUGCCAUUAUGGAAGUCUCAGGGGAGUUAAUGCUUGGAAAGUUUUCUCCACAUGGAAAUAGAUCUGGUGGUAGCGAGAGUUCGGAACUUUCAGACGACGAUGUAAGGAGGCCUUCAUCAGGGGGCGCUAUAGCAAAAUAUCCAGAGUCCUCUACCGGUUUAUCUGAUAAUGACUGGAAUCCAUAUGCAACAGAAUCAGAUACAAAUCAAACACCCAGGUCACCUAGAUCAACAGCUAGCGAUGAACAGAAUCGUGUUGGAUUUGUGUCUAAAGCUACUUUCAGUAUUGCUCAACCUAAAGACUCAACAACAACUGUUUCUAUGACAACAGGGGAAGUAACUGUAGGAGAUACAAAACCAGAAAGAGUUGUCUUGUCUGACAGUGAUGGAAGAGUAUCUGAUAAUCUAGGACUAAAUGGAAGAAGUGGUGCGGAGAGACUUGAUAUCCUAAGAUAUGUAAUGGAUAAUGAUGAAAAACAACGUACUGAGAGAGAAAAAGAUAUUGCAAGGAAAGAGAUCAGAUCACCAGAAGAUGAUCUGAAACGAGAAUCACCAGAUACAGCAAGAAGUGGUUACACUGAGGGAAGCAGAUCUGGAAGGGUAUCUACAGAGUCUGGUCAAAGCUUAGAUACGCUUAGGAGAGAAUCAAGUGAAUCUGCAAGGAGUUUCCACAGUGGUAGACAAAGUGCAGAGUCUGGUCUGAGUGGAAGGAGUUCCCGGUCUGAUUUAGAUAGAAGCGGAGAAAGUAUUUUCUCCGGUAGACAGUCUGCAGAGUCUCAACAUAGUGCACAGUCAGGAAGGUCUAGAGCAAGUCAAAGAUCUUCGGCUAGAUCUGUAGGGAGUGACAGAUCCGAAAGGUUAGACAGAUUGAGUGAUGCUGCUGGUGACAGUCUUAAAGAAUUGAUGCAGUUUGAAUCUGCUCAGAGAGCUGCUCCUGGGUUUGAGAAAAAACAGACUACAGAAAUGGAAGAAACUUCAACAAGAGUGAAUAGGGAUGGUUCAGGUGAUUCUGUUGUAAGGACAAGACUAACAGCAAGACUUGAACCCUAUACUUCUCCGGUUAGGUCAUCAAAGUCUCCAGAACCCAGUUCAAAUGUUGCCAGUAGUAAUGGGUAUAUAAGUGUAGCUGAAAGAGAAAGGCUGUUGUCAGACAGUCCAGAUGUUAGCCAGGAAAUUGGAAGGCCAAAGGAAGAGAGAAGAGAGACAAAAUAUGAUCGCACCCCAGAUGCAGGACUUGAAAGAAACAAACCAUCUCAUAGCAACACGAACCUCCCAAGAUUUUCUGAAUCUCUGCCUGACAGGUCUCCAAGUGAUAUAUCUAUGAAAAGAGUAGCAAGUUUGUUUGAAGAGACUAAACGACAAGUCAGAGAAGCUGUUGCCAUACCAAGACCAGAACCAUCUGGAAGUGAGGAAAGAUUUCCCUUGAGGGAAAGACUGACAUGGUCAGCACAUGAAGAUUCCUUUAAAUCAUAUGAGAAGGAUGAAUUGGCAGAGAAAAGUGAAAGAAAAAUGGAGAAACCUAGGGACCCAGAGGUGGUGAGAUCACUGACAAGUGAAGAGGUAGCUAGAGUUCUAGGAAAGUAUUCUGAAGAUGAUACAAGCAGAUCAGCAAAAACUGCUGAUAAAUUGGACAAAACAAAAGCUGAUGAUGCCAUCUUGGUCUCUGCUUUUGAUAAAGUUGAUGACAAUCAUGCAGAGGUAAAUGAUGACAUACAGAGAAGAAGCAUAAGAACCCAUGAUGUACUUGAUGGUCUUAGAUCAGAGGAGGUCUCUGAUGAUGAGAUUUCUAAGCGUGUAAAAGCCUUGCUCUCAGAAACAGAUCAUCUUGGUAUAUUGCGAGAGAAUGGUACAAAUGGAAGAGGUCAUGAAUAUAUUCCUAGGACCAUUGACUAUUCAAGACUUCAAAAAGACUUACAAGAAAUACAGGACAGUUUACAUGAUGUUCCGCCACCAGUUGCAAAUGACAGUAUUCAUGUUCAGAGAAAAAAUCUAAGGGAAGGUUACAGUGGUCAAGCAGAAGACUCUCUUAAGGAUGAACCAAGAUCUCUGUCGACAACUUGUACUACCACAGGUGGGCGUGAAAGUGGAGUCAGUGAGUAUGGAAGAAGACUGGUCUGGGACCAUGGUGCUGACCUAGAAUAUGAUGAAGGAUAUGGAGGUCAAUUUAUUGGAACCAUGACUACUACUGAUACCUUAUCUACCAAACUUAGAGGAAGUAGUGAUACAGAUACCCUGGUAGUAAGGCCAGAUUCAGCUGCAACCAAUGACACAGAUUAUGAUGCAGCAGAGCUUGAAGGAACAAAAACAUUAACUGGUUCAGAUAUAACAAGAGCUGAGAAACUAGUAGAACAGGUUAUGAAUAGAAGAGCUGAGGGUGAUCUGAAAGAGUCUGUUGAAGAUAUUAUUGCUAGAUACAGAAAUGAAAGGAAAGAUUUAUUUGAUAGAUUACAAGCACCUCCAGUUCCAAAAGUUGUGAAAGAUGUUAAUGAAGUAGAGCUUGAAUAUACCAAACCUGCAGCUAAGGCUGAAAGACCUAUCCUUAAGGAUCCAGAUGUUGCUCUACCAGAUCCACAGCAAAAAGGAACUCAAAACCAACAAAUGAAUGGCACAAAACAGCCAGGUCUUGCAGAACGAGUUUACAAAAUUCUCACAUCAGAGGAGGGAGAGGUGGACAAUUUUCAUAACCCAGAAGAAAAGGGAAUGGCAAAGAAGGUAUACAAAAUUCUUGCUAAUGACCGCCCACAAGAACAAGUGAAUGGAAUUUUGACUGAAACAAUGGCAAAUGAGCAUGAAAUGUUGCAGAAGCUUGUAGCAAAGCCUAAGGAUGAUUCCAGUUUGGAUGAUAGUGGAUUAAAUGGAACUUCAGAAAGUUUUGAUAUUGAAGAUAAGGACAUUAGAAAGCAGCUGGAAUAUUCACUGUUUAGUUCCCCUGGCAAGGGAGAGAAGUCAGACUUUACUGCUCUGAGGGAGGUAACCUCUGCACCAUAUUCAGCUUUGAGUAAUGCCAAGUCACUUCUGUCGACACAGAUGAAAAAGAUGUCAGAGAGAAAUUUCGAUAAGAGUAUUGAAUUAAGGACACCUUAUCGACAAGCUAUUGACUGCUAUCCUGUGUAUGGUGUUGAAAGGUUAGUGCAAAAGGAAACUGAACCCAGGGAAGCAUGGAUGCCAGCCCGCAGGUCAACUGAAAGGUCAGGGCAACAGGACGUUGAGCCCAGGGAAGCACCGAUACCAGCCAGAAGGUCAGCUGAAAGGUCCGGGCAAGAAGAAGCUGAGCAUGGGGAACCAAGAGAAGCAUGGAUGCCCACCCGGAGGUCAGCAGACACAAGCAGGUCUGGAGACAGGAAUAAGGCUCUAGCAAGUGAUAGAUUUUACCUGACUGACAAAGACCGUACCAAGAGGGACUUUGAUGGGACCCAACAAAGAACCAGAACUUUUAGUGACCCCUUUGAAGUGUCACCUGGUAGAAUGGCUGCAGGUUCAGACAGGUUUAGAGGUGAAGGUCAUACAAGGUCAAGGUCAGAAGAAGCAGGUAACGUCAGUGACUUGAGUCAGUACAGCUUUGUUGAACCACAGUAUAGUCCUACUGAAAGACGUAUGGCACAAUCACCUAGAAGCUUGAGACCGGCCACCCUGGGAACUCCACAACAUCACAGACCUCAAGAUAAUGAUAAGGUAGUAAAGAAAUUGGAUGACAGAAUUACAAAUAAGCAAAAAGAGUGGUCUUUUGAGUGUUACACAAGUGUUAGUGAUUCUAGCGAUCCACAUCGUCAAAGUGACAGUAGCGAUGGCAACUUGUGGCGUUACUAUGGUUACCAGUUACAUGAUGGGUCACGUGAUCCAGAAAAUGACCUUCAUGUACCAAAAAGACCUUUAAGCCCUACAGAAAAUAAACGAAAUCGGCCUGUGACUAAUGGUAUGAAACAAGGAGAACUUGAUUUUGAGAGUCCAGUAAAAAGUCUUAAGUAUUCCAGACCGAGCAGAUCUAGGGAAAAGAAACCUAGAAAUUCAAAGGUUAACUUUCAGGCUGAAGGUCACAUGUCAAGGUCAUUACCUAAUUAUUAUCCAAAUCAAGGCUUUGUUGAAAAGGUACCAAUCUCCACUGAUGAUGUUUAUGAACUCUUAACUAGAAGCCAGGCUCAAGAAGAAAAAUUAGCCGAAUUGCAAAAACGAUUGCUAGGGCAACAAGAGAUUUCCCAGAAUUCCUCCUCUAGUAGUUGUCAAACUCCUGUCAGGGGUCAAGGUGAAAUACGUAGCCAUGGUAACAAAGCAUAUCCGCCAGUGAAAACACAAGAGCAAAAUUCUUAUAAUGGAAUGUUUAUGAAAAAAGGAUACAUGAAGAGAGAUAGCUCACCAUCCCCCACAGAGUCUGACACAAGCGGGUCAAGAAAAGGUGCCAAGCUUCGCCCAUACAGGUUACAUUUUAAUAGUAAAAGGCCGGCUGGAACACGUGAUGUUUACUAUACGGAGAGUGGUGAGGAUAAUAAUGAGAGUGGAACAACCCUCGAGAGUUCUCAUCCAGGGUCAGAUGAUGCUGCUCCACCCUACAUCCCCAGCCAGUUUUUGGGAUCACGAAGGGAUGAACCUGUGAAACAUCCCAUAGGAAUCUACGGAAACAAGGAGAAAGAUGCUCUAUCAACCAUAGAUGAGAAUUCUGUAAAGGAUGAGAAAGAAAAAGCUUUAUCAGCUAGUGGGGGAAGUGGAAAGCAAGGAGCCGGUAGUGAUAAACACAGCACAGUAACAGCAGACACUGGGUACCAGACUGCUACAAUGAGGUCAAGGUCACCUGCAAGUUUAAAAGAUGACCAUGAACCUAACAGUAAUGGUCACAAUGCUGGUGGACUUGACAGACCUGGUUUUAAGACUAGAGAGGAAUACCAGAGAGAUUUUGAAAGAAGGGAAAGGGAGUUAAAGGAGCUGUUAUCAAAACGUAAUCCAGUUGAAACACAGAGAGACUCCCUCGGUACCAGUACCAGGUCUGAUCCUGGUGAGGUGCUGAAUGACCCAGGUAGCAGAUGGGAGUACCGACAGUCUGACCAAAUGAAUGAGUUCCACAGACUUGAACCUGAGCCUGCUUAUCCAGAGGAUAGAUUACGAUAUAGCAGGUCCAAGUCAGACACUGAUCUUGUGGCACUAACUCCUGAUGAAAGCCAGAGAUACUCUUCACCAAUGCAACCAGGUGUGAGGUUUUUAGAGUUUUCAACCCAGCAUUCUCCAAUAUUUGCCCAUCAUGACUCUAUAACAUAUCAAACAAGAGGGGUUCCAGGUGGGGUUCCAGCUGACCUCCCAAGAGUGCCCAUUGAAAGAGAGCAGGGACAAGCCCAGCUGGCUCAAGAACUGCCUAGAGUGUAUGACAGGAGACCAGUAGUAACGGCACCUGAACUACCUCGAUCAGAUGAACGCCGUGUGACCCCAACUAACACUACAGACUAUCCUGUACGACCUCUAGAACCAGUUGAGCCUCCAGUACAACCUUUAGAACCAGGGUCGAGGUCACAUGUUCCAAGAGCAGCUGAUGCACUGGGUCCUGUUGACCUUGGGGCUGACCCUAGAAAGAUGGGCAAUAUGAGAAGGACUGUGACUGACACAGACAGGGCAAAAUCUCCACUUAAUGUUAGACAAAAGGAGAUGGAGGUGGAACUGGAGAAACUGAACAAACAACUGUCUGACCAGGUCAAUGAAAUCCAGGAGAAGAGAACUGAUGAGAACUUUGAAGACAAUUUUCCACCAAGCAAAAAGGCUCAAGCACUUAGAGAAGUUCUGGAACAAGAGUAUAUGGAUAAUCUCCCACCAAACAUAAAUGACAUGUGGACAAGAUUUAAAGAACGAAAGGAGCAGUCAGUGUCUGAGAGCAGCUUGAAUAGCACUCGUCUUGAUGCUUUGUCUGGACUUUUACAGAACCCAACUCAUCAUGACGUCAAUUCUUUCGUCAGAGAGAAGAAGGAACUGACUGAAAAGCAUAAAAUGGAAGAAAGAGAAAAAGGUGAGAAAUUCCAUGAAGAAAAAUUGAAAGAAAAGGAAUUGGAGAGGAAAGCCGCAGCAGAGAAAGCUGCACAGCUUCGAAAUUUCAGAAGACAAGAAAUGAAGAACAGACAUGGAUUGAGUGAAGAGGAAAGUAAUGGAAGUUAUUCUGAAAUUCUAAUAGAGAACGAGAGAAAAAGAGAAGAAAGGAGAAAGAAAGAUGAAACCAGGAGAGAAAGAAGAGAAAGAAAGGAGGGUAGAGCAAAGUCGCCAAGUAAAAAGGUAUCUGAACCAAGUGUGGAGGAAAGAAGGAAAGAUAGAAGUAGAAAAACUAAAGACGAAGGGUCUGUGACUGAUAUAAGAGCAAGAAAUGGUUCGAACAGACAUAGUGACACUAUGGAUACCCUGUUUUCCAUACCGGAAGAUGCUAGUUUUGAACAGUCUCCAACUAAAGCUGAAUCACAGAUGAGAUCAAGGCAAAGGAGACAAAGGCAUGUUAUAGAUCCAUUAAUGAAAAAACUACGGGACAAAAUAAAAAUGCAAAGAGACAAAAUCGAUAAAGAGAGAAGAAAAGAACUUCAGCGUGUUGAGAAACUUAAGAAAUUGGAAAUGCUUUUAAAUGCCAAGACAAAAGGAAAACUUUCUGACAAAGCAAUUGAUGUUGAGCUAUGUGAUGUAUCCUCAACAACAAGUGUAAGUCGCACAGAAAGCUCAAGGAUGUCUGAUUCAACUUUAGCGGGAUUAUCAACUGCGGUUGAGUCAGACGUCUCGUCACAUGGGUCUACUACUUUGAAAGACAGUACAAUAGACAGUGCUAUUAAAUUACAGGUUAAAAGAUACCCUGCUGAGGAAUAUAGAAAAACUCAUUAUGUUGACUCUGAUACACCAGAAUCCUCUGACUUUAGUAAUAUUGUUGUAGAAAGAGUACCUGAAAGGAAGUCUGAAAGAAAGAAUAAGGAAAGGAAGUCAUCAUCUAAAGGGAAGAAAACUAAAGUUGAUGAAUUUGGUAAUAAAAUCAGGAAAGAGAAGAAAGACAAGAGAAGAAAAGAUGUAUUUGGAGUUGAAUUUACAGAGAAAGAUAUUGCAAAACAGAUUAAAAGAUAUGAGAAUUAUAUGACACCAGAAAGAGAGAGGUUGAUGAGAGUUGAGAAUUAUUUAUCACCACAAAGACAAGGUCGUAUGCGAGAUGCAAGCACAAUGUAUCCCUCUCCUGUGACGGUUAGUCCGCCAUCUAGAAGGAGAAGGAGAGAAGUAUUAAUGAAAUCAGAAGCUAUCCAAACAAGCCCAGCAUUAAGAUCUUCCAGUCCGUCACAUGCUUAUGAUGAAGUUCCCGUUGCACCUGUGCCUUAUAUGUCCCGGAAGAGUGGUAAAACGUCCAGGCGGCGAACUUCACCUUCACCAACAAGAUCUGCUCAAACGUCCUUUUCAGCUUCCCCACCAAGAAAAACUUCAAGAUCACCAUCUGCAAGAAAAACAUCAACAUCUCCUGCUUCUAGAAGACGAUUUAGUCCACCAAUCACAAGGAGACAGGCACAGUCUCCGAUAUGGAAGCCUGAGUCAGAAACUACACCUCCACACAAUAGCAUGUUUACCCCAGAGGGUGACGAAAAUACUGCUCCAGACACUAAACAAAAGAGAGAAGCUGAAAGCUGGUUCAUUCCCAUGAAACCCUCUCAGCCAUGGAGACAACCUUUGAAGGAGCGUCAGGCUUUCUCAGUGAGGCAAGAGGCUUGGGAACCUAAAUCUGUGUCACAGUCUACAUGGAAAGAUAUUAUCCAUGGUGAUAUCCUUAAAGACAAAGGUGAUCCAAAUGAUAUCUCCAGGGAUACUAAAUUUGACCUUGACCCUGAAGGUCAGCCAGUUGGUGAAGAUGAAACAUUUACAGAUUCAGAGGAAGAGGCUGACAUUAGUAGAUCAAAGCCACUCUCUAAAAUGUCAUUGCAGGAAGCAUUUCAAGCAAGGAGAGGGAAUAUAAUUUCACGGUUAAGGGAGAGACAAAAGCGACUGAAUCUUGCUGCUGAACAGAGGAAGAUGGAAGUUUUCCUGCAGAUGGAGAGGGACAGACUCUUCCAAGAGGAGAGAAAGAAAGAAGCUAACCCAGAUGCUCACCCUUAUAGUGAUAAUCUUCACAAGCCAACUAGAAGGGUCAUCUCCAAGGAAGAAAUGAAAGAAAUGACAAAAAAGCGUUACAAAAAGCUGCCAGAGGUGAUAGAACAGCAAAAAAUGAAGAAGAGACAAGAUGAAUAUUCUCUCAACAGAGUAAAGGCUAGGUUAUUUAAUAGGAAAAUACAAAAGAAGAUUUUAGUGAAAGCAGAGAAGUGGGGAAGAUAAACAUUAUGGAGGAGAAUUUACUAAAUAGAUUGAUUUUGUGAUUAGUGUCAGAGUCCAUCUCAGCCAGUUUACCAUAAAUAGAUAGAUGCCUCUUGUUAGAUGGAUUAUGAUCAAACAAUUUUUAAUGGAAAAAAGUAAACAAACAGACCUGAAAUAUACAGAUGUCAGCAAAAAAUAUUGGUAGUCUAUGAUCAAAUGUUUGUUUAUAGCUAAAACUGAUAGCUUCUGAUAGAUCUUGCCUCUAGUGUAAAUUUACAGGGAGUUAAUUAGAAAUUAAUUAACUGUUGAUGUUUUGUUGAAAUGAAUGUGUAAAUUGAAGCUUCCAGUACUUCAAGGAGAUAAUCUAUAUUGAAGUUUACUUAGACUAAAUCUGCUGCUCUAAUCCAUAUAUAAUGUUAGUUUUGAAAAGUAAAGAAAUCAAUAUAUAGGACUUUAUGUUUUCUUUGUAUUGAAGCGACUGUGAAAAGCAUUUAAAUUAUAUUUUAAUUUUCUGAGCUUGCAGUUCAUAUUGCAGUUAUGAGAAAAAAAAUUGAAUCCAGAUUGUGAAGAAAUUUUCAGUUUUAUUUGGAUGUUUAGGUUUUUUCAUUUCAUGGAUUCAUCAAUUAGUGAAAAGGUGUCUACAAUGAAAAAUUAUUAUUAAACAGUAUACUGUAAACAUGUUAACUAUUAUUUUACUUUGAUGGUGCUGUUAUAUUUUGGUUGUAAACUGUGUAUUCUCAGGCAAAAGUCUACUCUGUUUGUAUGUGUAAAAAGCUGCAAAAGAUCUCCCUAAAAUGUUAUUUGUAAUACAGGUUUCGAUAGGAAAGGGCAGCAGACAAGCACCCAGGUAAAAGUGUCUGUCUGUGUAAAUGCUCUCAUUGCUGUCAACGAAAGAUGUAAAAUGUCAUCGGUCUCCAGGUUAGCUCAGUAUGUAGGGGCCUUUGGAACAAGAGGUUGUCAGUUUUGAUUUCCAGGCAUGUCCGUUCUUCAAGAUGAUUUAACAAAGUGUCUGGUGUCAUUCUUCCUCCAUCCCUGACUGAUAGGAGAAGUUGUCAGUUAAUUAUAGAGUCACUGUGCUCAGUAGAAAUAUUGUUGUUGAAAAGCAGCAUUAAACUCAGUCAAACAAACAAAAUGUUGUUUUACAUCCAGAAUAAUGGCCACAGCAUUGUUGAAAAUUAUUAUUAAAUUGAGUGCAAAGAAAUAAAUUUAUAUUUGCAAUGUAAAAAUACAAAAGAACUGUAACAUCAAAUGAAGUUGAGAGACAUUCAUUUGGUAGCUGUGUUUAAAUGCCUUUGUUAUAGUGUUUGUUUUAUCUAGGCUUUACUUAAUGAAUAUUCAUAAACCAAAUUUUGAAUAAUGAUUGUACUUACAUUAGCUAAUUAAGAUUAAAAGUAAACAAUAUAACAGUCAGACUUCUUCAUGCAUUUACAUUUGUAGAAGACGUUUAAAGUUUCAAAACAAAAGAGAAUUUGUUUAUGACUUUGUUUACUAUAAUAAUCUAUCUUUAUGUUGAUGAAAAUCUGUGAUAUUAAAUUUAUGUGUUGUUUUUUAUGUCUGUCUCGUUGCUUAGUUUAUUGUGUACCAAAGGUGUCCAUUGAUAUUUUUGUGCAUUGUGUACUUAGAUAUUGGUUUAAUGUUUUAUAUGACAAAAUAAUGUAUAGGAUUUCUUUGCAUUUGAUAUUCUUGAAAAUUCUCCCAGGGUGGAGAAUUAGCCUAAGGAGAGAGGUAGAGAGAAGAUAUUCAGGAGAAUUUGUCCUCUGAGAGAAGAUUGUGAAAUCAGAUUUUUUUUAAAAAAGCUGAUCUUUUGUAAAUCUUACCUUCUUGGAAUCUAAGAAGUCAUAACAAAUGAUCACCAUUUGCAUAUUGAUAACUCCAGAAGGUAUGUUUAAUUAAUAAGCAACCUAAUAUACUGGUACGAUUUAAAUGGGAUUUAUGGACCAUGCGGCUAUGAAUAAUUUAGCCUGGUAAUGAAACUUAGUUUGAUAUGUGCUAGUUUUUGGACAUUAUUAUUUUUCAGUUUUGUUGAUUUAUAGGUUAGCCCUUAUAAUGCUGGACAGGACUGAUUCUGCCUUUGCGACCAGUGCAGAUCAUGAUCAGCGUACACAUCCGUGCAGUCUGAUCAUGAUCUGCACUGUUCGCCAUUCAGUCAGUAUGUAUUUGGUAUGCACCCCUUUUAACAGUUAAUGGUACUGUCCAAACUGAAAGAUGGACAAGUUCAUUACAGAAAUUUAGCAGGAUAAAGGUUAGAUAUGCAUUUCUUAGCUGUAAAUGUAUAGAUACAUCAUGUGUGGAUUUAUAUUCUAAUUCAGCUGUGAGUGUAUUAAUAAAUACGUUGUGUAGAUUGUAGACAAGUGUAAUAAUUUAUUUGUAAAGACGUGUAUAUUUAAGUAAUAAAACAAUAUAUUAAAGUUUA